ACAGCCGUCUAGCGUCUAAUCGGUAUAAACGAUGUAUUCGACGAAGUGGGACAUUUAGUCGGGUGACGUCAGCCAGCGAGAUCGGCCAACUUCACCCCGCGGCCCAAUUGGGGGAAUUUUAAGAUGCGGGCAACCAGAGUGUCUACCAACACCUCACACCAGCAUGAGUACGCAGGAGUCCCGCCCCUCACGGUCGGCACUCAUUCUCUAUGGUACAGAAACUGGCAAUGCACAGGAAGUGGCCGAGGAAUUGGGCGCUUUGACAGAGCGGCUUCGGUUCGCGACGCACGUUUCCGAGUUGAACCAGGCCAAGCCUGAAGCGCUUCUCUCAUAUACGCUGACUAUCUUUGUGGUCUCGACAACCGGACAAGGUGAUUUGCCAGCCAAUGCACGGACGUUCUGGAAAUCACUUUUACUAAAGAAACUUCCGCCGACGUUCUUGAAUGGUGUCAAUUUUGCGACCUUUGGUUUGGGAGAUAGCUCAUACCCUAAGUUCAAUUGGGCAGCUCGGAAGCUCUACAAGCGAUUGCUCCAAUUAGGAGCAAAUGACAUAUAUCCCACCGGCGAGGCAGAUCAACAGCAUCCUGAAGGGCUCGAAGGUACCUUUAUACCAUGGAUGACCGACUUCCGAAAGCACCUGAUGGACAGGCACCCACUUCCUCCUGGCCAACAUCCUAUUCCUGAUGACGUCCAGCUACCACCGAAAUGGAUCCUGCAAUCGAAGGGCGAUGCCGACCCUGUUCCAGCUCCCGAACUACAAGCCCCUGAAACCGAUGCCGCCCAAACGGACGAAUAUCCCGGCUUGACACAUCUGGACUAUGACCUUCGUCCUCUUCCCGACACGUUGACCGCAACUCUGACCGAAAACCGACGAGUAACCCCCCAGAAGCAUUGGCAGGAUGUCCGCCGGAUCUCCUUCACUGUACCGGAAUCCGUUCCAUAUGUCCCCGGAGAUAUGAUCGCCAUUACCCCCAAAACCUCGCCGAAGGAUGUCCAAGCAUUCAUAGAUGUUAUGGGGUGGAAUGAACAAGCAGAUAAACCAAUUGCUCUCGUUCCAACGGGGGAUACCGUUGCACCAUCACCCAUCCCUGGCCUGGAAGACUACCACAACCUGACCUUGCGAUCCCUCCUUAUCGACUAUCUUGACGUGAAGGCGAUUCCUCGUCGAUCUUUCUUUUCCAAUAUCGCUCAUUAUACGCAAGAUAGCAUGCACAAAGAGCGACUGCUGGAGUUCACAAAUCCCGAAUAUCUCGAUGAACUGUGGGACUAUACGUCUCGGCCACGACGCAGCAUUCUUGAAGUACUGCACGAGUUCGACUCAGUCAAGAUUCCUUGGCAGCAUGCAGCUUCAGUACUUCCUGUUAUUCGUGCGCGACAAUUCAGCAUUGCCAGCGGCGGAGAGCGCAAGCGGACGUCCGAUGGAAAGACACAGUUCGAGCUUCUCAUCGCCAUCGUCAAGUACCAAACCGUUAUCAAAAGGAUUCGUGAAGGAGUUUGCACGAAAUACCUCUCUACACUUCGACCCGGGAGUACACUUCGGGUGCAGCUACAGCCAGGUGGACUUAAUUCGUCGGUUCAGCAAUUGACUGCAUCGAACGUUCUCAUUGGACCAGGCACUGGAAUCGCACCUCUCCGCUCCAUGUUAUGGGAAAAAGCAGCGCUGGUCCAAGCAUUUCGCGAACAAAAUCCCGGUGUCGAGCCACCUAUCGGCCCCACCGUUCUACUUUAUGGUGGUCGAAAUCGCACUGCGGACUUCUUUUUCGAGGAAGAGUGGGAACACCUCAGUAAACUCAUACCUUUACAGGUGCUUACUGCAUUCUCCCGCGACCAGCAACAAAAGAUCUAUGUGCAGGAUACGAUUCGACAAAACUUCACAUUGUUCUUCCGUCUUCUACAUGACAUGAAGGGCUCGGUUUACAUCUGUGGUUCAUCCGGGCGUAUGCCACAGGCUGUGCGGGAGGGGCUUAUUGAGGCAUUCGCGCAGGGAGGAGCGCCGAUAACUGGCCAGCCAUAUACCCGAGCACAGGCAGAGGAGUAUUUGAUUGGCAUGGAGAAGAAUGGGCGGUAUAAGCAAGAGACGUGGUAGAGUUGGAAUACGUAGAGCUUUCAAUUAGGACUCUGUUCGCGUCUAUAGAAGUCCACUUCAUGAAAGUAUGCUCCAAGUAGGUUAGCACAUGGGAGCAUUUGCAUGUGCUCUCGUGCUCUCGUGCUCUCGGCAGUCAACAGUUUGUGUUUCAAUCCCAGGGUCCAAACAACGGGGUAUACUCCUGAUAUGUCAUCGUAAAUCCACAAAUUCAAACAUAUAGGUUGAUUACCUACAGUCACAAAUAUCUGCUCGACCCUCCAUAAUCCCCCACUAUGCCCAGAGACCGUAGGCUGUAUGUGCUUAACCUCGGCUGGG